AGACAAAUUAAUAUUGUACGUACGUAGAUAUAUGUAAAUGGCAGAAACAAUUGUCAAGGUAUACUCGAAGAUUCAGAGGACGAUGGAAAGGGAAAGGAAUCAUGGUCUGGCUUUUACCAGAGCUUUUGCAUUUGGUAUCAUCACACCUAUUUGCUGGGGAUCUUGCCAUCUUCGGAGCCAUAUGCAAGUCAUGGCACUCAAUCAAUGUAACUAGACCUCCGCCGCCGCACAAUUCCCAACAUAAUUAUCCUCGCUCUCCAUAUUUGCUGUCCUUACUGGAUAAUGGUACUUGUAGAUUCUUCCAUCCUCAGUACAAGGGAAUCUAUCAAGUACAUAUUCUGGAGUUAUUAGGCGCGCGCAUUCGAUUCUCAAAAUAUGGUUGGUUGCUUUUAACUCGAGAUGAUUUCAGUGUUCUAUUCUUCAAUCCCUUCACAAGGGAAAAGAUAGAACUUCCCCAUUAUCCCCAUGAUGAUGGUGCAUUCGCAACAAUGUAUUUUUCCUUACCUCCAACUUCCUCAAGUUGGUUUGUCAUUGGAAUUUAUCAAAACGGUCCAUGUUUUGGCAUUCUCAAUUGUGGCGAAGACAGUUGGACACUUAAUGAAUUGUACACAACUGAGACGUUCUUUUUAUCUAGUUGUCCUCCCGUCUUAUACGAGGGACAAUAUUAUUAUAUGGGACGUCAAGGAGAGGUAAUGGCAUUUGAUAUAUACGACACUGAAAGUGAGUGGACAGUUCUUCCAAAAAUUCAUCAUAGAUCUAACUUAAUUGGUUCACGUGACGAAGAAUGCAAAACUUAUGCCAUUAGUCGAGGUUUCAUGCAGAAAAUGAUGGCGAAUUGAUAGUUGUCUUUGUGUCAUCCGAAGAAGAGAAACAUGUCUACAUUAAGAAUCUUACUACAUGGAAAUUGAGGCGUAAAAAUGAAAAGUUGAUUGAUGAAAUGAUUUAUGUAAGACCCGGAGCAUCCUUUUUAGAAGCGGUUGAAGUGAGAGGAAUGAACAAUAAAGUAUAUUUUCCAAGAGUCGAAGAAAAAUAGUUGUGUAUUCUACUC